AUGUCAGACAGCAAUAUCUUCAAUCAAGAAGAGGAACAGAAGGCAUCACAAGCUAUAGAAGAUAAAAGAGACGUCAGCUCAGAUGUUUCUAACGCAGCUCAGAAAUCACCAGACCCCUCAGUCUGGCCCCGUCGAAAAGGAGAAGCCAGUGAAAGAUCAGCUAAAAGAGGAUAUCGCGCACCGAAUGCCCUACACUACGGGCCCGCUGAUCCAGAUGCACGAUUUUGGGGUAUACUUGCCACCUCCCGUCGCAAUCGUUCUCUUAACAGAGUAAGCAGAAGACUUCGAAGAUCCGAGUGUGAGAGAAAUCGAACGGCUAAAUCAGACAUAUCUUGUAGACGACAAAAUGAGAAAAACAACGGACUUAGCGAUGUAAGCUCGCGAGAUAAAUUUGGUGAAGCUAGCUUUAGAGCCGAGCCGCUACAUUCUCCGGAGUCUGACAUCACACCAACUCCUUUACUUCACAAUGCGGUCACGAUUGUCGAAGUGUAUGAGCUAUUACUGGCCAGCUGCGCAAAGAUUCUUGCAAGAUUCCGCGCGAAACUCAAAAAGGAGAAAACUGUUUAA